AUGAUUGCAAGAAACAGAAAUCUUGGCAUUGAAGAGCAUAAGUUUCUUUUGCGAGCCAUUGUUAAUUCUGGAAUUGGAGAAGAAACUUACGUGCCGAGAAACAUCAUUGCAUGCCGAGAAGAUUCUUCCACUCUUGAAGAUGCAAUUGCAGAAAUGGACGAAUUCUUCAUUGACACAUUAGAUAAACUCUUCGAGAAAACUGGAAUUUCCCCGAAAGAAAUUGAUGUUCUUGUGGUGAACGUGGCGUUGCUUGCAGCAGUUCCUUCGCUCUCGGCCCGAAUAGUCAGCCAUUACAAAAUGAGAGAUGAUAUAAAAACCUUUAAUCUCUCUGGAAUGGGAUGCAGUGCAAGUUUGAUUUCAAUCAAUCUGGUUGAAAACAUUUUUAAAUCCCAAAAAAAUGUUUUCGCAUUGGUUCUUACGUCUGAAUCCAUUGCUCCAAACUGGUAUACAGGCAAUGACAAGUCUAUGAUUCUUACAAAUUGUUUGUUCCGUUCAGGAGGGUGUUCUAUUCUAUUGACAAACAAUCAGUCCCUGAGAUGUAGAGCAAAAUUAAGAUUAAAAUGUCUGGUUCGAACCCAUCUGGGAUCAAUCGAUGAAUCACACACUUGUUGCUUGCAAAAAGAGGAUGAUCAAGGGCGUUUAGGGUUUUUUCUAAGCAAGAAUCUUCCAAAAACAGCCACUCGUGCAUUCACCAGGAACUUAAUCGAUUUAGCACCAAAAGUAGUCCCCUUAAACGAGCUGAUUCGAUACGUUAUCUCGAGGAUUUUUACUAAAGGAACUCUGAAUCUUAAGACUGGGAUCGAUCACUUCUGCUUGCACCCUGGAGGGACUGCUGUAAUAGAACAAGUCAGGGUGAAGUUAGGGUUAAGUGACAAGGAUGUGGAGCCAUCAAAAAUGACACUUCAUCGGUUCGGAAACACGUCAGCGAGUAGCCUGUGGUAUGUUUUAGGUUACAUGGAGGCAAAGAAGAGGCUGAAAAAGGGUAACAAAGUUUGGAUGGUAAGUUUUGGUUCUGGUUUUAAGUGUAAUAGUUGUGUCUGGGAAGUAGUCAAGGAUUUGGAAGAUGGUAAUGUUUGGGGGGAUAAGAUUGAUAAUUACCCUCCAAAAACCAUAGCCAAUCCUUAUAUGGAACAGUAUGGAUGGGUUUAUGAAGAAAAUUUGAAGCCAUCAGUUGCUCAAUAUGGGAAGAAUAAGAAUACAUGA